GCAGGACCCUGCCGGGCGCCGCCGCUCCCCGCCAACGACUCUUACCGAAACUGCAGCGCCGAGGAAGGGAUCUACCAAGAUUCCACCCCUCUCUCCGGGAAGAUCGUGCUCGCCGUCGUCCUGGCGCUCGUCACCCUGGCCACAGUGCUCUCCAACGCCUUUGUCAUCGCCACGGUCUACCAGACGAGGAAACUCCACACGCCGGCCAACUAUCUCAUCGCCUCGCUGGCUGUCACCGACCUUCUCGUCUCCAUCCUCGUCAUGCCCAUCAGCACCAUGUACACUGUGACCGGCAAGUGGACGCUGGGCCAGGUCGUCUGCGAUAUCUGGCUGUCCUCGGACAUCACCUGUUGCACGGCGUCCAUCCUGCACCUCUGUGUCAUCGCCCUGGACCGCUACUGGGCGAUCACCGACGCCGUCGAGUACUCCACAAAACGGACUCCCAAGCGGGCAGCGGGCAUGAUCGCUCUCGUGUGGGUCUUCUCCAUCUGCAUCUCCAUGCCCCCUUUGCUUUGGCGGCAGACCGUGUACUCUACGGUGGGAGCCUUCUACUUCCCCACCCUGCUGCUGAUAGCCCUCUACGGGAGGAUCUACGUGGAAGCCAGGUCGCGGAUUUUGAAGCAGACUCCAAAGAAAGCAGGUAAAAGACUAACGCGGGCUCAGUUAAUCACAGACUCCCCGGGGUCGUCCUCCUCCGUCACGUCCAUAAACUCCAAGGCCCCCGAGGGAUUCAGCGAAACGGGCUCUCCCGUGUACAUGAACCAGGUGAAGGUGAAGGUCUCGGAUGCCCUCCUGGAGAAAAAGAAGCUCACGGCCGCUAGAGAGCGGAAAGCUACAAAGACUUUAGGGAUUAUUUUAGGAGCCUUCAUCGUCUGUUGGCUGCCCUUUUUCAUCAUCAGCCUGGUGUUGCCUAUUUGCAAGGACGCUUGCUGGUUCCACAUGGCCAUCUUUGACUUUUUCACGUGGCUUGGAUAUCUCAACUCCCUCAUUAACCCCAUCAUCUAUACUAUGUCGAACGAAGACUUCAAACAAGCUUUCCACAAACUCAUACGUUUCCGAUGCACAGGCUGAACGUUUUGAAUGCGAUGUGUCCUCCGAGGCUGCCCCCACGCACGCCCGUGCCCGGCGCCACAGAAUCAAGUUGCUAUUGUAAAGACCCACUGCUUGAAACUUCCCCAAGCCCGGUUGCCAGACUCAUGAUGCUGCAAAAACGUCAAUACAUACUGCCACCAAACUGCUCAGCUCUGCAUUUCAGUGUAAUGACUCUGGCAGAGAUGCUGUUCCAAUAGUCACGCAGAUCAGCUGCAAAAAAAGAGGGCAGCCUCGAAUCAAGGUCUAUAAUUCAUCUGGACUGAAGAAAAAGUUUGAGAGUAAACUCCAUUUAUUUUGCAGGCUUAACUUCUUAAUUUGUUCUCUGGCCGGUUGUAGGGGUGUGCACAAGAGCACAGUUGUCUCUGUCUGUGUUGGUAGCAUAGUUGUACUUCUGCAUACCUGUAAUUUCUUUCUUUCAGUGGAAAGAGUUGCUCCCUUCACAUAUGAGGCCAAGAGGAGAGAAAAAAAGCAGCUUUUAAAAUAGAAGCACCACAGUACAUUCUGUAAAUGACUCCUCCAGCUGAACAUGUGUGAGAAGUGACAGUGUGCAAAAGUUAUGUUUGUAUUUCAAAACAAUAGCAAAUGCUGUAGAAACCAGAGUUGUAGACCUGUUCAACUGCACUGCAUAUCUAUAGUCUGUCCUCAUAGUUGCAUUUACAAAGUAAAUACUUCUUGCUUCUACUCCAUAACUCAUGAGCAGAAAUCAAGAAGCCCAAUGACCUUUUCCGUAAACCAGCUGAGAAUAGAAGUAGCAGUUUGAUGUUGUAACCAUGUUUUCCAUUUUGUGUCAGUUGCACACCCUUACCGCAUGAACCACUGCAAAAUUUAGAAUUCUCUAAGUAAUUACAUUAUUUAGUGUAUUUUGUAAAGAAGUGAAGCAGUUUGUUCUCUCAGAAGAGCUGUGUCACCUGCAAAAUAAAUACCCAUGAAUCAUGAAUUAACUGAUGUUAGUGAAAUUACUCUCCUCCCUACUUCCCUCUUAUAGCUUUUGGGUUUUUUUUUUUUUUCUUCUUCUUCUUUUGUCUCUGAUUUGACCUUAAGACAGGUCUACGCAUAUUCAGCAGUCAGAGUUUCAGGAUAUGGUCCACCUGCUGUGAUAGAAUUGCAUUGAUUGUUCCUUCUAUGUGUAAAUGAAAAUGAGUAUAAACAAUAAAACGCUUUACUGUGUUCUCAA